UCUUCCCAUGUAUCCAAAGACCCGAGAGCACCCUUUGUGCCGCUCAAACCCUACCAUAAAUCCAGGCGACAAGUCUUCCAUCUCCUUCAACACCCACCCCCCUUCCCCUUCCCCCUAUCCCUUUCUCUUCUGUUCCCAUACAUCGCUUGCAACGCUCCCCACCUUUAUAUCCUGCCCCCACUUCAUCUCUCUCUCUCUCUCUCUCUCUCUCUCUCUCUCUCUCUCGAUCUCUUUCUGUGUCCGCCUGCAAUGGAGUUUGAGCUGGAGAAGGACGAUGACGAUGUGAACCUGGAACUGGGGCUGGAGCCGUCGUCGAUGCCGCAGCCGGAGCGUGUCUUCCGGUGCACCUACUGCCAGAGGAAGUUCCACAGCUCGCAGGCGUUGGGCGGCCACCAGAACGCGCAUAAGCUGGAGCGGAGCCUGGCGAAGAGGAACCGGGAGGUGAGCUUGGCCAUGCGGUCUCACGCUGUCGGCCAGAUCCAGACCGUGGUGGCCUCCACCAGCUUGGAUGGCCGGUUUGUGAGGAAGGAGGAGGCGGUCACCUUGACGCCGUGGACACGCGGAGGCGCCGACGGCAAAGGACGCGGCGGUGGUGCCGACGACAAAGCAGGGAUCGCCGGUGACAUCGACUUAUCUCUGAGACUAUGAGACCCAUCCAUGCAUUUUAAUUGUUAGUAUAUUUUAUUUUCUUCUCUCCAAAUUAGUAAUUGAAUUAAUGGUCAACAAUGACUUCUCUCUCUCUCUCUCUCUCUCUCUCUCUCUCUCGCUCGCUCUCGCUCUCUCCUAUUCAUGACAUAGGAGAUAUGAUUGAGCGACUCAUUCUGCUGUGGUUGUGAGCUAAACUGUGUAGAAAUAGAAAACCCUAUAUUUGGUACCAACACUUGUUCCUUUUUCUCA